AUGUACAGCGGCUCCCAUCCCAGGGGCCACAAAGACGGGACCGGAAAAUCUGGGUGUUUCGUCCUGGAGCAAGAGGGCAGUCAGGAGUCGUCUAACCCCGGGGGAUUCAACACGACCUCCUCCCUGAGACCUACUCCUCCCUCAGACCUCCUCCUCCCUCAGACCUCCUCCUCCCUCAGACCUCCUCCCUCAGACCUCCUCCUCCCUCAGACCUCCUCCUCCCUCAGACCUCCUCACUCCCUCAGACCUCCUCCUCCCUCAGACCUCCUCCUCCCUCAGACCUCCUCAUUCCCUCAGACCUCCUCCUCCCUCAGACCUCCUCCUCCCUCAGCCUCCUCACUCCCUCAGUCCUCCUCCUCCCUCAGUCCUCCUCCUCCCUCAGACCUCCUCCUCCCUCUGAGCUCCUCACUCCCUCAGACCUCCUCCUCCCUCAGACCUCCUCCUCCCUCAGACCUCCUCCUCCCUCAGACCUCCUCCUCCCUCAGACCUCCUCCUCCCUCAGACCUCCUCCUCCCUCAGUCCUCCUCCUCCCUCAGACCUCCUCCUCCCUCUGAGCUCCUCACUCCCUCAGACCUCCUCCUCCCUCAGACCUCCUCCUCCCUCAGACCUCCUCCUCCCUCAGACCUCCUCCUCCCUCAGACCUCCUCCUCCCUCAGACCUCCUCCUCCCUCAGACCUCCUCACUCCCUCAGACCUCCUCCUCCCUCAGACCUCCUCCUCCCUCAGACCUCCUCAUUCCCUCAGACCUCCUCCUCCCUCAGACCUCCUCCUCCCUCAGACCUCCUCACUCCCUCAGUCCUCCUCCUCCCUCAGACCUCCUCCUCCCUCUGAGCUCCUCACUCCCUCAGACCUCCUCCUCCCUCAGACCUCCUCCUCCCUCAGACCUCCUCCCUCAGACCUCCUCCUCCCUCAGACCUCCUCCCUCAGACCUCCUCCUCCCUCAGACCUCCUCCUCCCUCAGACCUCCUCCUCCCUCAACCUCCUCCUCCCUCAGACCUCCUCCUCCCUCAGACCUCCUCCUCCCUCUGAGCUCCUCACUCCCUCAGACCUCCUCCUCCCUCAGACCUCCUCCUCCCUCAGUCCUCCUCCUCCCUCAGACCUCCUCCUCCCUCAGACCUCCUCCUCCCUCAGUCCUCCUCCUCCCUCAGACCUCCUCCUCCCUCUGAGCUCCUCACUCCCUCAGACCUCCUCCUCCCUCAGACCUCCUCCUCCCUCAGACCUCCUCCUCCCUCAGACCUCCUCCUCCCUCAGUCCUCCUCCUCCCUCAGACCUCCUCCUCCCUCUGAGCUCCUCACUCCCUCAGACCUCCUCCUCCCUCAGACCUCCUCCUCCCUCAGUCCUCCUCCUCCCUCAGACCUCCUCCUCCCUCAGACCUCCUCCUCCCUCAGACCUCCUCCUCCCUCAGUCCUCCUCCUCCCUCAGACCUCCUCCUCCCUCUGAGCUCCUCACUCCCUCAGACCUCCUCCUCCCUCAGACCUCCUCCUCCCUCAGUCCUCCUCCUCCCUCAGACCUCCUCCUCCCUCAGACCUCCUCCUCCCUCAGUCCUCCUCCUCCCUCAGACCUCCUCCUCCCUCAGACCUCCUCCUCCCUCAGACCUCCUCCUCCCUCCUCCUCCCUCAGGCCCUGCUCUGCCUCAGAGUUCUGA